GAAUAAAAGGUAAAUUGGGCCAUGUGUUACACAAAAUACUUUACUCAAAGGCAAAAAGCUCAGAGCUUUGACGGCCUCAGUGAGCCAGAGAACAACUUGGUAGCUUUUCUUCGAUCCGACACAGCUCCUACAACACUUGUUGUGUGAUCCACGCCCCCCUAUUAUCGGAACAAGAACCGAUUCGUGUGUUCAAUUGGACUGUGAAAUUAUUGCUAGGGUUUCUUGUUUUAAGCUUUGAUGUUACCUCUUCACUCUCCGUUUCCCCUUUUACCAACUAAGGUUUGAGAAUUUCUGCAAUUAUUUAUAUUUGCUCAACUGGCUGCAUGGGUCGCGAGUUUGAGGCCAAUUCUGUCAUCGAUCAGCUGGACCUUCAUCUCCAGUUAAAUGUGUGAGAACUGAAUCUAUCCGUAACUGCUCCAAAUUCACAUAUAUACAUGGUUACUUUAGGGGAAGCUGCCCAAGAUGAAGGUGGGUUCUGAUAAAUCACAGAAGAGAAAGAAUCCAGAUUCUACGUCACGAUCCAAUCAAGAUGGGUUCUGAUAAAUCACAGAAGAGAAAGAACCCAGAUUCUACGUCACAAUCCAAUCAAGAAGGAAACAAUCUUUCUGUUUUGCCUAAGCAAGAAUUGGGUGAACUGCAGAAGUCUCAGAGCCCCAAUGCUGAGGUUUCUGUGUCACAAUGCAAUGAAGAAGGAAAAACUGAGAAAGUGUUGGAAAAUUUGCAGAAGAGACAGAGCACUGAUAGUACUAGUAGGGUUCGAACCUCUCACUCUCUAAUACCUGAAAAAGUGUCAGAUAAUUUACAGCAGAAACAGAGCCCUGAUACUGGGGUCUGUGACUCACAGCCUAAUCAGGAAAAAAUCAGUCUUUCUACAAUACCUGAGAAAGUGCCAGAUAGUUUGCAGUUUACCCUGAGCAUUAAUACUGGGUCUCAUAGGUUACAACGUGAUCAAGAAGGAAGGACUCCCCCUAGAAUACCUGAUAAAGCAUUGGGAGAUGGAUAUAACUGGCGAAAAUAUGGGCAAAAACUUGUUAAAGGAAAUGAAUUUGUUCGGAGCUAUUACAGAUGUACUCAUCCUAAUUGCCCAGCAAAAAGACAAGUGGAACGCUCGCAAGAUGGGCAGAUUACAGAUACUGUUUAUCUGGGGAAGCAUGAUCAUCCUAAACCUCAACCUGGUCCCCCGAUAGCUAUUGGCUUUGUACCGCCCAUCCAAGCAAAAAGACAAGACGAGCGUCCUUUAGCUACUGUAGAGGAUAAGACAUCCAAUGCACAUGGUCUGAAGUCUCACCAUGCCAAACCAAUGGAAACCGCUCGGCUUCCUACUAAUGCAGUAACUGAUGAUGCUGUGGAAAGUGCAAUUUCACAACGUAAUAGAACAAGAGAAGAGAGUGAUCACAGAGGCGAUGUGGAUUCAAAGAGACAGAAGAGAGACAUUUGUAGCAUUGACGAGACUCUGGUCGAUAAGCCACAUGGUGAACCAAGGGUUGUUCAAACUAGGAGUGAGGUUGAUUUUGUGAAUGAUGGCUACCGCUGGCGCAAGUACGGACAGAAAAUGGUAAAAGGCAAUCCAAAUCCAAGGAGUUACUACAGGUGCUCAAACGGUGGUUGCCCGGUGAAGAAACAUGUGGAGAGGGCAUCCCAUGAUCCAAAAAUGGUCAUUACCACAUAUGAGGGACAACAUGACCAUGACAUUCCCCUUGCUAGGACGGUAACCCCUAAUACAGCAGGAACGAAUACUAAUAUAAAAGCCCUCAAUGGUGAGUCAAGAUCUACACCAGAGGAAAAAAACACGGUUGGUCUUGAAGUGGCGGUUCAUAUUAGUGCAAAGUGAGGUUACAAGUAGUUGAUGAAGAAUUGUCACAUGUGCAAGCUCUCAGCAAUGGUGUUGAUUAGCCCAGACCAGGUGUGUACAUAAGAAUUGUAUUUCAUCUUCUUCCUCUUCUUUAAUUUUUUCCCCGUUUUUUGAACUCUGACUUGAAUCGGGCCUCUGAUGAAUGGUAACAAGUGGGAAAACCUUUAAUGGGUGUAAAAAUUGUUCUAGAAAUAAAAAUGUAGAUGAUGUGCAUUUGUAAGUUCUACUUUCUUAAGCUCUUUAGGCUGUUUCAUGUUUACUGCAAUUUUGGGAAUAAUCAUCUUCAUGUUAACGAGGAAUCUUGUUCCAUGAUCAGUAAAUAUUUGAGCUUUUAACA